UUACAUCCGGAACAGAGUGUGUUGUACUGCAGCGGACAUGAGCAGUAAAAUGUCCUCCCAGCUGAGGCGGCUUUGGUCCUGUGUGUCUCCUCUACAGGUCCAUCUGAGGCGCUCGGUGUCUCACAGCGGGACGUCCAGAGCCGCCGGAGCCGUGACAGGGACACAGAUACCGGAGGUUUCACACGUGGACCGCGGACACGCAGAGGGACACGCAGAGGUCAACGUGUUCGACAAGAACCCAGAGUACCAUGGCUUCUCGGAUGACCCGUUCGUUGACGAGUGGAACAUGAGGCUGGCUUUUUUCUUCGGCAUUUCUAUGGCCAUCGUCGUCGGGGGGACGUUCAUCCACUAUUUACCGGAUCACGGUAUGAGACAGUGGGCUCGACGGGAAGCCGAGCGACUCGUCGUACUGAGAGAGGCUCAGGGUCUCCCUCUGAUCGACGAGAACUACUACGACCCGAACAAGAUCAUCCUCCCUUCAUCCUCAGAAGAGUAGACGAAGAUUCACCUGCUCAGAUGUUCAUUUGUGUUCCUGUACAUUUACUUCUAGUGAAAUAUCACAAUAAAAGCGUGUGUUAUUACAUUUA